CAACAGGUAAAGCUAAGUAACAAGUACAUCCUAUUCCUAAUCAACUGCCUGCGACAAGUGUGGUGAUGUCUAGGCUAUCCAAUGUGCUAUUAUUUUUAUGUGUACAGUAUUUCUGCAAGCAGUAAUUAUUCAGAUUUAUAUUGAAAACUAAGUAUAUACUGUGUGAUACUGAGUGAGAAACCUUAAGCUUGUUAUGUGGCGUUAGAGUCCUUGUAUCUCGCACAUGGGGUCAUUGGUACCUCACAACUGGAACUCCUGCUACUGCUGAGAUUUCCAGAGGCUCUUUCGUACGAGAAGUGCCUUGGCAGAUAACUUUCACAGUGCAUAAAAACAACGAAAUUAUGAAAUUAUUGGAAGCCAAAGUUGUUGUUCUCGGUCAACAAGGAGUUGGCAAGACCAGCAUUGUUGUACGGUAUGUUGGGAAGAUAUUCAGUAAUGCAGUUGCCCCAACCAUAGGUGCUUCGUAUUUUACUUUCAAAAUGACUGUCGACAAUUAUAGAGUGAAACUGCAGUUAUGGGACACGGCGGGGCAGGAGCGGUUCCGCUCAAUGGCCCCAAUGUACUACAGAAAAACCAACGCCGCUUUUCUUGUUUAUGAUGUGACAUCGUACGCCUCCUUUGAAAACAUCAAGACAUGGGUCGAAGAAUUGAAGAUGAAUGUUGAUAGUGAUAUAGUCAUGUGUGUUCUCGGAAACAAAUGUGAUCUGAAAGAUGCUCGAAAAGUCCCAAAACAUGAAGCACUAAAUUAUGCUGCGUCUAUAGGGGCGCUGUUCUUUGAAACAUCUGCAAUGACAAAUGAAGGGAUACAGGAAGCAUUUUUACGGAUGUCAUUGACAUUAAUUUCGUUGUGUGAGACUUCACCACAUUGUGGUCUUACGAUUAAACCGUAUGACGAUCGCCGACGAUCUGAAGACAUCCCAGCACUUCCCGCAAACCUUCGUUUGGCUUUGGAGAAGAAAGCACAAGAAGCUAUUGCAGAGCAGGACUAUGAAUCCGAAAAGAACUCUUGUUGUAAGACUUCUUGAAAAAGGCCAAAACCUAUAUGGAUUGUCGUCAGGGAAUGUGAGCUCGAUACUAUGCUAUAGUAACAUAAUUUGCUUUACGAUCUUCAUCGGUUUACAGUACGUUCACACAAUUAUCCUGUUGAUUAUCACGGAAACUAGAGUGCGCGAUGGCAUGGCAACAGAUUUUUUUUUCUCAGUUUUUUUACCUCAAUUCUUCUCUUCCUUUUUCCUAUCGUAAGUGUUUUUUUUUUGGUUUUAUAUUUGUUUUUUUGUUUUUUUUUUAAAUUUUUUUUUUUAAUAAGGCCAGAUCAGAGCCAGAAGCUAACUGAAGGUGAUCGAUCAGGUUUUGUAUUCGAUUGGGCCGUUGAACCCGGAUUUAGAUAAUGUCAGGUCACAACCAUGAGGUGUAGGCUUCAAUACCUUAUCCAAACCUCUGCCCAGACGAUGAUACGCAAAACACCUUAGGUGGAAUUGUGGAUGCAAUGAGCCCGCAUAAAGUUGUUCCAACAGUUACUAUAUUUCACCAUGGAUGCAACAUCAGAUUUCAACAAGUCGUAACUGCUUGGUUGUAGAAUCAUUUUUACAAUAAAUUACUUAAUGAAAAUCAAGUAAUUUGGCUGCCAAAGUCUUAUUGACACUUGAGAAAGAAGGCACUUGUUUUGCAGUUAUAUACUACAAAUCAACAAGCAUGUAAUAAUAUGGUUUCGAUGGUGUAUACGAAAAUAAUAGAGAAACAUUGUACUUUUUCUAUUAUUAUUAUUGUUGUUAUUAAUAUUUAAAAAACAAAACGUUUUAAUAUUAAUGAAAACCUGCAGAGAAUAUUAUAAUUGCAUUGAACAACAUAGCAUGUUUGAAAGGUUUAUGUACCAGCAGGGACGUAGCCAGGAUUUUGAAAGGGGAGAGCCGCUAUGCGAGGUACGUAGUACUGUGCGGGGGUGGGGUGUUCCCUUCAUACGGCUGGGGGACGCCAAGGACCCUGGUGGGGUCCAGGGGGCUAAGCCCCCUCGGAGGUAGCGCACUCUGAACGUUUAAUGACUGUUUUGAGAGGAUAAAGUGAAAAUUGCAAUAGACGCAUCAUAAAUGAUAUUAGUAAGCCUAACAAUAACU